GCCCGCCUGGUGCGGGCUGCCUAGCUGCGAGUCCCUGUGUGCGGGAGAGGAUAGCUGCCGGGGGGGGAGAGGAGAUUUCUUCAACGCGCUCAUUUCUCGCUGGUGGGAGCACCGUGUUUGUGUUUCUGUGCACAAUCCGGGGCACAUCGUUUCCAUCAUAAUCACCAUCACAAUAAUGGAAACAAAAGCACUUCAUCACCGUUAACAGCGAGAGAGCGCCGCAGCGGGAAGUGGUCGGAGCACUCAGUUUGAUGGGGAUACAAGACUACGAUAAUAUUUUUGCAGCGAUCCAGUGAUUCGCCCCGGAGAAGCCGAGAGAGAUCAGGAGGGUCGAGACAGUUGGAUUGGUGGUUUUAUUUUUCUUAACACUCACCUUGUGUCUUUGCUUGCUCCACACCUCUUGGAAUCUGAUGUUUUUCAAAGGUCUUUCUUUUUGUGUGUGCAAUGUUCGCACCGAGGCAAUAGCGUUUAUACAAAUGUUGGCUUCGAAAACAUUUGCUUGAAGGGACUCAUCAUUGGCACGGGCGCAAUGCAUUUUUACCUGGAGAUAAGCACCUUUUAAACGUCUUAUUGGUUGGAACCACGGAAUACUGUUUGCACAUUUUUUGCACAUUUUCCUUAUCCUACUUAGUCAAACAUUCUGUAGCUAUUUAUCUUUACCAUUCAAUUUUGUUACAAUUUCCACGCACUCUUAUUACUAGGAACAUAAUGGCUGCGUGCAUUCCCGGUGUUUUUGCGUGGUCCACGUUUCGGUGAUCCUACGUUAAUUCGAAAGGACCUUCGUUUGCAUUCGUUUCUUUUGUCCCCCCCGUCACUAAAGAAUGUACCUUCUGGAUGGUAAUUACCCCGAAAGGAUGGAAAGGGGAACCCCACAAAGAAAAACGGUGUACCGGAUUUCUCUCACUCUGGUGAAAAAGGAGAGUUUGUCGGAGGGAGGAGGGAGCGGGGAUGGCAGCGGCUCGGCUCACCGGCGGCUCGACAUCUCAAAAGCGGGCGCGUACCGGCGGGAGGGCGCCUCGGAGAUCCAGCGCAGCUGCCUGCUGGAAGAGCUGGUGGAGGAGGAGGACGAGACCGACGACUUCUCCGCUCAGAACUACCUGCGAAACUUCAGGACUUUUAGCACGGGUCACCUGGAAUUGGGCCGGUUAAAAAUCUCCAGGAAGACGCACCACUUCCACAAGGACCUGUCUUUCAAGCUGAGGGAGGCUGGCGAAGGCAGCGGAGCCGUGCAAGCGGAGCCCCAGGCGGCCGGGUGCCCGGGGCGCCCCGUGAGCAUGGUCGCCUCUCUGAACGUAGCCUUGCAGAAUAAAAGAAAUGUGGUGGGUUCAGUGGACAGUCCGGCCACGAAAGGGCUGAAAAGCGAUAUUUGCACUAGAGAGAAGGGUGAAACGGCGAUAACGAUAGGGAGCGAAACCACCGGGUGUGAGAAGGAGAUAGUAGGUGGUAUUUCUGUUCCAGAGUCGGGCGAGGGUACUGGGGUCCACAGCAUCUGCCUCGCAGGCGAAACUCGGGUGCAGAGCGAUUGCGGUGCCUCUCCGAGCUGCAGCGCGGCUCAGAAUGAAUGUUGCAGCGUCGGGUCCCUGUCCAUGAGCCCUAAAACCGAUGCCAAGUCAGGUGAACCGCUCCCACAGACCCCUCCGCUGAAGAGGCACCCCAGCCUGCUCCGCCGGAGCUUCAGUUUCCGGCACUGGACCGGAGGGGAGCUCCUGAGGAUCAAAGCCUUAACCCGGGAGAAGCACCACAGCAGUUCCAGCUGCAUCGGCCAGGGGGAAGAGGGGUCGCCGGCCGCCGUGGUGCUGCAGAACCCCGCUUUCGAAGAGUCGGGGGGCAGCGAGAAGAGGAACACGCUGGACGUGGGGGAAGUGCUGAACAAGACGGACUCCCUCACCGAGCUCAGCCGGUGGGACAGGGCGAAGGGCAAGAACAGGACCCUGGAUAACAGCGACCUGCACCGGCUCGCCGAGAAGCACCUGGAGGAGAAGGAGGGUUUUCUCCGGGGCGGGGUGCGCUCCAGCGGGCAGGAGCGCCGGCUGCUUCGUUUUUUCAGUGGGAUUUUCUCCAAGAAGGACGGCACGUCCACGCCUGUCACCAGCCCCAGCGGCAAGUCCUUGAGGGACAACAGCAAGAAGGGGUUUCUGAGUUCCCAGAAAAGGGCCGCUUUGGGAUGCUCACAGUCCAGCACGGAGAGCGUUAAUGGAUCGCCACUCAAGGAUGCCUUUGUAAACAGUCAGGAGUGGACCCUGAGUCGAUCAGUACCUGAGCUCAAAGUGGGCAUUGUGGGUAAUCUGGCCAGUGGGAAGUCGGCGCUGGUACACAGGUACCUGACUGGGACGUAUGUGCAGGAGGAAUCACCGGAAGCUGACAUGGAUGCAGGCGGGCGCUUCAAGAAGGAGAUCGUUGUGGACGGACAGAGCUAUUUACUGCUCAUCAGAGAUGAAGGGGGCCCCCCAGAGGCACAGUUUGCACUGUGGGUUGAUGCCGUCAUCUUCGUCUUCAGUCUGGAGGACGAGAUCAGCUUCCAGACGGUGUACCACUACUACAGCCGCAUGGCCAACUACCGCAAUACCGCUGAAAUCCCGCUAGUGCUGGUGGGAACACAGGAUGCCAUCAGCUCUGCCAACCCCCGGGUGAUCGACGACGCGCGGGCACGCAAGCUGUCUACGGACCUGAAGCGCUGCACGUACUACGAGACCUGCGCCACCUACGGCCUCAACAUCGAGCGCGUGUUCCAAGACGUGGCCCAGAAGAUCGUGGCGACCCGCAAGAAGCAGCAGCUGUCGAUAGGACCCUGCAAGUCGCUGCCCAACUCCCCGAGCCACUCUUCUGUGUGCUCCGCCCAGGUGUCUGCCGUGCACAUCAGCCAGACAAGCAACGGAGGCGGCAGUCUGAGCGAUUACUCGUCUUCUGUCCCCUCCACGCCCAGCACCAGUCAGAAGGAGCUGCGCAUUGACGUCCCGCAGACCGCCAACACGCCCACGCCCGUCCGCAAGCAGUCGAAGCGCCGCUCCAACCUCUUCACUUCUCGGAAAGGAAACGAGCCAGACAAGGAGAAGAAAGGGCUGGAAGGCCGGGCGGACAGCAUUGGAAGUGGCCGCGCGAUCCCAAUUAAACAGGGGAUGCUCCUGAAGAGAAGCGGCAAGUCUCUGAAUAAGGAGUGGAAGAAGAAGUACGUCACCCUCUGUGACAACGGCGUUCUCACCUACCACCCCAGCCUGCACGACUACAUGCAGAACGUCCAUGGCAAGGAGAUCGACCUGCUCCGCACUACUGUGAAGGUGCCUGGCAAGAGGCCCCCCCGUGCCAUCUCCGCCUGCGCCCCCGUCUCCAGCCCCAAGACCAACGGCCUCGCCAAGGACAUGAGCAACCUGCAGAUUGCACAGAACACAGGGUCAGUGACCAGCAGCACCUCAGCAUCUCAGAUGGCCAGCGGUAUCAGCCUGGUGUCCUUCAACAGCCGGCCCGAUGGCAUGCACCAGCGCUCCUACUCUGUGUCCAGUGCUGACCAGUGGAGCGAAGCCACUGUCAUCGCCAACUCCGGCAUCAGCACAGACACGGGCCUGGGAGACUCGGUGUGCUCCAGCCCCAGCAUCUCCAGCACCACCAGCCCCAAGCUGGACCCGCCACCCUCCCCGCACGCCAACCGCAAGAAGCACAGGAGGAAGAAGAGCACCAGCAACUUCAAAGCAGAUGGCAUCUCCGGCGCCGCUGAAGCCAAACGUAAAGCUUGGAAACUAAACCGUGUUGGUAGCCUGCGCAACAUUUACAACAGCAGCAGCACCAACACCGAAGAACAAGAGGAGAACUUUGAGUUCAUCAUCGUGUCGCUGACGGGGCAGCAGUGGCACUUCGAGGCAACGUCGUAUGAGGAGCGGGACGCCUGGGUGCAGGCCAUCGAGAGCCAGAUCCUGGCCAGCCUGCAGUCCUGCGAGAGCAGCAAGAAUAAGUCUCGCCUCACGAGCCAGACGGAGGCCAUCGCUCUGCAGUCCAUCAGGAACCUGCGAGGGAACUCCCACUGCGUGGACUGUGAGGCCCAGAACCCGGACUGGGCCAGCCUGAACCUGGGCGCCCUGAUCUGCAUCGAGUGUUCCGGCAUCCACCGCAACCUGGGCACCCACCUGUCCCGCGUGCGCUCCCUGGACCUGGACGAGUGGCCGCUGGAGCUCAUCAAGGUCAUGUCCUCCAUCGGGAACGAGCUGGCCAAUAGCGUGUGGGAGGGCAGCGCGCAGGGGCGGAUAAAACCGGCCCCGGACUCCACCAGGGAGGAGCGGGAGCGCUGGAUCAGGGCCAAGUACGAGCAAAAACUCUUCCUGGCACCGCUGGCGUGUGCCGACCUGCCGCUGGGGCAGCAGCUGCUGAGGGCGUCGGCCGAGGAGGACCUGCGUGCCGUGGUGCUGCUGCUGGCCCACGGCACCCGGGACGAGGUCAACGAGACCUGCGGGGAGGGCGACGGGCGCACGGCUCUGCACCUGGCCUGCCGCAAGGGCAACGUGGUCCUGGCCCAGCUCCUGAUAUGGUACGGCGUGGACGUGAUGGCGCGGGAUACCCACGGAAACACAGCCCUGGCUUACGCCCGUCAGGCAGGCAGCCAGGAGUGUGUCGACACGCUACUACAGUACGGCUGUCCCGAUGAGCGCUUCACGUUGAUGGCCACCCCCAACCUGUCCCGCAAGAACAACAACCGCAACAAUAGCUGCAGCAGUAGUGGGGGGAGGAUGCCCACAAUCAUCUGAGCUCGGGAAGUCUCGCCGCCACCUGGAGGAGACCUCCGGUACUGCAGUGAGCAGUUUUCUCUCCCGCAACAUGAAUCUGUUUAUUAUCUGUCUCUAAACAAAUAUUUUAAAGAAAACCUGCAACACAAAAGCUUGCUGGAGAAGAUUCAGAGGUUGAGGUUGGAACCACUACUAAGACACUUGUUUCUCAAGGACACUAGCAGGUCUCCUGUUUCCACGGGAGUAUUAGCCUACACUCAUGAUUAUUGACAUUGUUAUUUUAAGUCCCGCUUUAGCUUGGCUAAGAUGGGAAGACUCCACUCCUCUCACAGGCACAGAGCUACAACCUGAGAAACUUUUGGGAGAGACAUCACUCCUUUUCGCCUCUUCACUCACUCCCUUGCUAGCUGCUCUCCACACACAUUCUGUAAUGGAGAGCAACGCCAUGAUUCAAGACCAGAAAGGGACAGAAGCCUCAGUUUGUCGUCUUGGAGUGCCUCGAAUGCGACGAAGAUAAGCUGCGCUCUGGGAAAGCCAGCUUCGUUACACUUAUUUAGGCGAGUCUGCUCUCCGUCUCUUCUCUUCAACGGCGCGCUUCUCGUCUUUAACCCCUGGGGUUCACGCAGGAGUGGGGUCCCGCUUGGAAGCCAAGGGGCACAGAGCCAGGCCUCUCACUGGAAUAUCUGGAUUCUUACUUUCUGAGCAAGUCACUACCCGUCUCAUCCAAGGCAAGCAGAGCGGCAACAGGCAUGUACAUAAGUGAAGGAGGACAAGAUUGUAUAAUAAAUAUAAGAGCAGAAGCAAAGCCACAAGUAGCAUUUAGAAUAAGGUGCUUUUAAAAAGUACCCCCUUUUUUCAGGAGCAGCUUUCAUUGAGAGUUGCUGCUGUUUCAUUCCUUUUAUAUUAGCAUUUCCAGCUAAUUUUUUUUAUUUCCCCCUUUGCCCUUUGUCAGGUAUUUCAGUUUUGUAUUUAUUGACGAGAAAAGACAAACCGCAUCAUUGUUUUCACCAACUGUUGUGAUUAUUUGAUUAAAUUAUGCAAUUUCCUUUGUGUUUUGUGUUUUUUGAUGAGCAAAAAAAAAUGUGAAAAAAAUAUUUUGGUAUAAAAAGUUGAGGAAAUUGGAAAUAUCCAUUCCAUUUCAUAGCUGAAGUGAGAAUGCAUGCGUGUAACUUUAUUAUUUUUUUUGUUUUUUAAUAACAACUAAAGGCAAUUGUUCAUUGCAACAGCAUUUUCUUAUGUAUGCAGUGCUGGACCAAUGGGUGUAUUUGGAAGUUCUGCAAAAGUAAAAAAAUACCAUAUUUUUCUGUAUCAUACAGCUCAAUUAUAUUAUGCUGUUGCAAGGUUUAGGGGCCAGAAACCAUACAUUAGCAAAGACAUAUUUAAACUGUUAAAUGGUCGACUUUUGAAAUUGGACCCACACCAGUAUGGCAGGAGAGAUGGUGUGGUAACCGGUAUGAAAAAAGAGAAAGUGGUUCCUCAUCAUGACAGUAUUUUUAAAUAAAUCAAAGGGAUUUAUGUUUUUCUUUUCCCAAUUAUUGUACCGAAUUUGGACUUUUUGAUUUUGACACCACGGUAUUUUUAAGUCUAAUCUCUUCACAAAAAUCAGUAAUUCUCUGCUGUAAACAUUAACUCAGUAGGUGUUUGGGAACUCAUAGGUAAAAUCAAUAUUCCAGAAGAAUUCCUUAUCGAUUUAAUUUUGUUUCUAGCAGUCAAAACUGAUUCCCUUAUUGUGAACAGGUGUCAUAGCAUUGCAUGACUGAAGGCUCCAUUAUGAGUUAGAAGUCAGGGAGAUGCUUAAAAAGUACCUCAGUGAUCGGUUGGCCUCUCCAUUCGCUAACACCUAAAUACACUACCGACCUGCAAGCAGCACCCAGACGAAGGCAGUUAGUCCCUGUGAAACCUGAGCUCCUCAUGGCACAAUCCUGGCUCACCCAAGCCUUCACUUGGUCUGCUGGGCUAGUGAAGUUCCCCUGGGCCUCUCCGUGUACAGAGAUGGGAGAAGGCUUAGUUUUUCCCAAAUGAGACAUUGCAUCCUAAGCUUUUUUGUUUUUCUCAGUAUUAUCGUAGAUUUUGAAAGCAGCGUGUACUGUGACAGAAUAUAAAAGUAUUUUGUGGGGGUUUCAGUGGAGACCUUUCCUUUAAAAUGAUUGACGAAUACCUAUGCAAGUUGCGAUGUGUGAUUUUCGACAGCUGCAUUAAGGUGCUGAAACAGUUUUCUCAUGCUUUGGCUGCUGAAAUGUUAUGUAGUGGGAAUCAGAUUAAUUUUCAUUUUCUCAACUAAUUAAGUGCUAAAUAUUUAUUGAUUCCAUCACCUCAAAUUUCAGAAGACAUUGCAAUAAAACUAAUGUUGACCUGGAAGCAGAGCAUGGGAUAAGAACAUGGCCAGUCAUUCUGUGGCAUCCUAUUAGCAUUAGCAGCUGUUUCUGCUUAGCGAGUUCCUUUUUCAUUCGGCCAGUCUCCCACUCUGUCCCCUAAACCAGUUUCUGCUAUCAAGGAAAGGGCUUUUCUGGUUCCAGAAUCCUGUUCUGUAAAUAUUUUUGUAAACCUUUUUUGGUGGUGUUGUAAUUUAUUAAAAAAAAGAAGGAAAACUGUACAUAAUUUUUCUUUUAGACCAUUUGAUUUCUAAAGGAAAAAUAAACUAAAAUGUGUUUUGUGGUGACUUUGAAAACCAUUUGAAUAGGUCUGAAAACUCUGCAAGUAGCUAUAGUAAUAAAACCACUGAGAAACGAGUGUGAUUAGAAUUGCCCAGGCCAAGACAUUCCUGUUGCCCCUGUUUAUCCAGACUUUUUCUUUCUCCUGAGCAGGACUGUGUCUCUUAUCUCUUUGUAAUGCCGCUACUGGUUCCUCCGAGCUCUAGGUACAAAUCUGAAAGGGCAUGGCCUGGGGCAAUUGUUAGAGGUUGUUUUGCCUUUUGUUGGUCACUUUUAGGUAUUUUCACAAAGAUACUAAUGAACUGUAUGGCUUUCCUGCUGCUUCCUGGAAUGCUUUGUUGAAGGAAAAAUUGAGCACCAUGCCAAAAAGAGUCCUGGGCUCUUCAGGUUACACUCUGCGUCAUAGCUGUCUCUGCACACUGAGAGUCCAAGUUCUGCCCUGCCCUGUCAGUCUGUAGCACAACCCCAUGCAGCCAGUAUCCUGAGGCUUGCUUCACGAGCUGUCGUGACAACUUGCAGACAUCAUAUUGAUUUGGAGUUUAUGAAGGGUCAUUUUUUAAGCAUCUGCCACUGUGUUGUGAUGUCUCUUCAAAAUUAGAAAUCAAUUUAUUCGUUUUCUUCAGGGUUGCAAAUGAUGUUCAAAUGACUUUGAUGUAAUUUCAUAUUUGUACACGAGGACAGAGCAAAUUGUGUUAAUAGUAUGCAAUUAAGCAUGACUAAAGGCCAGUGAAUAGGAGCUGUUAAUACUUCUUUAAUAAUUUAAUUGAAUCACUUGUUUUCUUUUUCAACUACUUAAGUGUUAACCAAGUGUUUUCCGCAAAAAGUCUGCAUGGUCUGAAAGCCUUGAUUGGGACAGUCCUUCACCUUCCUUCUUAUUUGUCUUUUUUUCAAAUACUGUAGGACAGGAAGUUGUGCAGUAUGCUGAAUGGCUUCAGCACUAAUCAUUGAAUCACUUACAGCAGGUAUUAUUGCAUUCUCAUCAUCAUGAAGAAAAUGUCAUGUUGCACACAGAUAUUACUGCUGGAGAGCGCUUGGAAACUUGAAAUGGUCUUAAACCAUUCUUUUACAGAUACAAAUGUGUAAUAUCAGGCCUUGUCUAUACUUUAUUUUUGUAUAGACCUAGACAUUUUUGUAUUUUGUACAGACAGUUUUAUUUUAUAUAUUUUGAGUAAUCGAAAGCAAUGUUUUAAAGUACACAAAGCAACCUGCCACAGAUAAUGUUCCCAUGCUUGGUAAACCAAGCAAUGGGAAGACGACACGUGUUUUUCUUGUCCGCAUUUCUGGUUACAAGAUGCUUCUUUCGGACAGCUCUUCUCCAUCAGGUCUCAGAAAGCUGGUUUCACUGUACUUUUUCUUUCUUACCAGGCUGUGCUUCAGUAGACAUUGCAGAAGCUGUUACGUCAUCUGGUUUGGUUGGCAUUCUGUUCGGAAGAGUGUGGAAGUAUGGAGUGGAAAUUCGGAAUAUGAUUUAAGGAAUAAAAAAGUUUAGAAAUCAUUACAGGUAGCAGUUUAUAUAUAUCACAACCUUUUAGUAACAAUGGAAGAAAAGCUGAAAAUUAAGUCGAAACCAUUUGUUUCACAAGUUAGAAGUAAUGUUUUUACGUUCACAUUUGUCUAAUUUUAAGUCUAAAAUAGUACACAAAAUGUCUGAUGCAACUGAAAAGUGUGUGUGUUGGAAAGAAUGUGAAAUAUUAGACACCCUUAUCCAUAUAAGGUAGUAACUGGAAGUGUUUUCAUUUGCAUUGAGAAGACAUCUAAGGGGUUUGUAUUGGGUGAUACAAGCCUUUUGAAGUAACUGCUUCUGUUAUGAAGGUGGGAACAGGAGGAUUCAGUACCUUUCUGUCCAGUAAAAGCCAGUCCAUAAGAAAGUAACACUUGAAAUCAAGAGAGAACUUUUUUUUAAAUGAAUAGUAGAGCAUUUUGUGAAAAGACAGUUUCCUCUCUUAUUCUGUGCAAGACUAGAUGUCCCACUAUGGAGAUUUUUCUAGACGGGUGUCAUAGAUGGUUUCGUGAGCUGGUACAGAAAUAAUGAUGUAAGUAAAUGAAUAUGGUGGCUCAGGGCAAGAAAGCUGAAACCAAAUGCUGCAUUAAACUUGCCUCUACCCCUGUGAUAAAAUAAGUAUGGCUCAUGGUUACCAUUUAAAGGGUGAGUAGUCUAACUUCUGUACAGUUGUACACAUUAAGGGAAUUCUGGACAUUUGAUAUUCAUGCAUUAUAGACAUUCAUACUAUAAUGCAACCUUUCCUCAACUUUGUCUUACAACUAUUCUUUUCGGAAUCAUGGACAUAAAAUAGUUUUUUUUUUUCUGUGAACAAAGAUCCACAUGGUUCUGCGUAGACUGCUUGUAAUAUAACUAAUUGCUGAUGCAGCACUGCUAUUUUAUUACUAAAUGCAACCACUUCAAAGCCUGACUGUCUUUGGAGAUUUCAGCAAUUCCUUUUAUUGCAGAAAUCAUAGCUAUCUUAAAAAUAAAACAUGCAGGAAUUUCCUGGGCAUUAGUAAAUUUGAACUGGUUGAAAUCCUUGAUUUUUGGUAAACGUAUGUUUUUUCGGACAUGUUUUUUGUGUCUGGGCACAUUAUGAAUAAAAUCACUAUAUCACUUUCUAACACGUUAGUGCACCUUUGAAGAUGUUCAUAGAGAGCUGUAGAUUCCAAAUUAUCUGUGCAAAAUGAUACCGAAUCUUUUUUAAUUUUUUCAUUUGACAAGAGAUUGACAUACUAUAAGAUCAAAGACACUCCCUUCACAAAUGUGACAGACUUUGAACAGGCCUAAUGUAUAGUGAGUUUUGUUUUCCUUUACAAAUUGCGCUAGACAGUUGUUGUGCAGGAUGUUAGAAGUGCAUUGCCCCUUGAACUUGCUUCCAGUCCAGGGCUUUUUAAUCUUAAAUUGUUUUCUCCUUAGAAUAAUAUUGCCCUAUCAUCCUGGUUAAUACAGUAUAUUCUGUUUUCAGCUACUGCUGAAAACUCAAUGCAUAAGAAAACAUUUUGUCAUAACAUAAAAAUGUUAUUCAACUCUGACAGGCACGGGCGGGAAAUUCAUUAACGAAGUAAAAAACACUAUAUUGGGAUGAGAGGGACAAUAAAAUAUUUAUAUGUACAGAAAAAUCGUACCAUGUUGUUUACAAUGGAGUCCCUGUGUCAUUGGUUUCUCUGGCUUGCAAAGUCUGCUCACAGACACUCCACACAGCUUGUCAUUGCAUGUACAUAGAUGUAAAGAAUUAUUAAAGAAACUCAGUUGAUAUUAUGAUUUUAUGUUGUUUUGUUACAUGAUUUUUGGUUUAUAGAUUUUUUUAAUUACCUCAUUUUUGUCAAAUGUUCAUGUUGUACAUCAGUUCAAGAUUAUAAUACAUUAUUUAUGUUUGUAUUGUAACAAAACAAUGAAUUUCCUUUGGCUCCAAUUUUGUAUUACUCAGUUACAAUUUAGUAUGUCAAUUAUUAUUAUUAUUGUCAUUGUUGUUAUUGUUAUUAUAUUGAGUUUGUGUCAGCUGUACAGUACUCUGUUGAAAACCGAAGCCUAAUACAGAGAGAGUCAUAUACUGUAAUGUGUCUCUUUUCAAUAAAGAAAAUAAUGCUU